AUGGAUCCGCUGCAGAAUUCCCUCUUCACCACAAGUGGGGCACUUGUGAACUCUGUUGAUAAGAAGAUGGUCCUUGUUCUGCGCGACAAUACUAAGCUCUUCGGCAUCUUGCGCUCAUUUGACCAAUAUGGUAACUUGGUGUUACAAGAUUCCUUUGAACGAAUUUACGUAGAGGACUGCUUCGCGGAUAUCCCAAAGGGCGUCUAUCUUGUCCGCGGCGAGAAUGUCGUACUUAUGGGCGAGAUUGACAUUGACGAAGAGGAUAACAUCAAACAAAUAAGGAUAUCCAGGGACGAAGCCGAGAGCCGCUUGAAAGUGCAACUCAAGAGCAGACAGCAGAUCGAAAAGGGCAAGCGGAAAACGCUACACUCACUUGGCUUUGCCACGGACCCGGAAGAGAGCAAGGAGGACCUGUACAUGCUAUUUUAG